AUGCAAAUAUGCAUGAAAGUAUCUGAGGGAAAUGCCUUUUGGGAAGGUGAAAAUUCAACAAACUUUGAAGCAUUAAGCAACUGGUGGAGAAAUAUGCAACAUCUGGGUGAAGAAGGAAAUACGUUGCAUUGGCCUCCGCUUGAGAAUGGGAAUAGGAGUCUGCAAAAGGCGAUGCUCAGAUUUAGACCCGCGGAGUUUGAUUCAGCCAUAUCCUGCCCCCCCUUGGUUGGAUUUUGGCCAAAUACCAGUUACGUCUCUAUUCCGCUGAGUCGUGCACCAGGACAGACUAUUACACAGGCUUGCUGGCCAUUAGUUCAGACGAUGACGUGCACCUGCAACCUUAACGGCUCUCCAACGUGGGAAGGAAGCAUUGACCCCGAUUGCUCAGUUGACUGCCCUGAUUAUUUCAUCAAGUCACGUGAUGGCCAUAGGUGUUAUAAUGUGUCCAGUGGAGGUGAUGCGCACGGGUUCCUCGGCGCUGCGCAGAGAUGCGCGGAAAUGAAUGCUUCUCUUGCCAUAUUCUACGACGCAGAGGACCUUGAUGACGUCAUUCCCGAUGGGCGACCGUACUACACUAUGCACAGAGCAAGGGGAUAUAUAAUUACUCCAGAUAUCCCUGCAUAUACCCCGUGCUUGCAGAGUCCUUGCUGGCCUACGCGCGACAAGAAAUGCAUCGUCGUCGACAGGAUCGGCACCUACGCGGCACACAGCUGUUUCGAUGAAGAAAUUGGAUACGUGUGCAUGACGCCAGGUGAGAGCUUGGUCUGGCGCGCGGCUGGGACGGAAAGGCGCACUCUGUUGCAGACAUUUUGCUGAUUGAUCUUGCAUGAUAGCGUUUACCCGAAAAAA